AUGGGCGGGGCUGUGGUGGCUGAGGCGAAUCUGCGGAGCGCGAGAGGGGGACACGCGGGGCACCGGGAACGGGGACCCCGCACGGGAACGGGACCGGGACCAGGGACGUCACACGGGAUCGGGAACCCCCCCACGGCAUCGGGAGACCCACGUGGGACCGGGAGAUCCCCCCCACAGGACCGGGACCAGGAACGGGAGAUCCGCGUGGGACCCGGAACCGGGAACCGCACACGGGAGACCCUCGUGGGACCGAGAGACCCACCCGGGACAGGGAUCGGGAACGGGAACCUCACCUGGGACCGGGAACCCCACAAGGGAUCGGGACCGAGAGACCCACCCGGGACAGGGAUCGGGAACCCCCACGGGACCGGGAUCGGGACCGAGAGACCCACCCGGGACAGGGAUCGGGAUCGGGAACCCCACCCGGGCCCGGGAGAUCCGCACGGGCCGGUGAACGGGAACUUCACACGGGAGACCCUCGUGGGACCGGGACCGAGACCGGGACCCCCACCCGGGACCGGGACCCCCACCCAGGACCGGGACCGAGACCGGGAACCCCACUCGGGACCGGGACCCCCACCCGGGACCGGGACCCCCACCCGGGAGCCCCAGGAGGGACCUGGAGCGCGAAUCCCACCCGGGACCGGGACUGAGACCCCCGCCCAGGGACCCCCCCCCAGGACCAGGAGCCCCCCGCGGGACCGGGAGCCCCGCAACGAAGCUUCACCCUAA